AUGAUGCCAGUAGCAUCUGCAGAGAACAACAGGCGAAUGGCCUCCACGAGCCGUCAAACGAAUCCCACUACAUGGGAGUUCCCACUAGGACACAACUCGAUGAAGAAUGACUCGUCUACAUCCCCAACGCCCAUUCGAAGUGCAGCGGCCACUACUAACAGUACUAACACAGCAGCCGCAGCAGCUGCAGCAGCGGGAACUCCAAUGCCAAACCACUUAACACGUUCUCCGGGGUCUACCACUCAUCAUCCGUAUGGUGGCGUGCCGCUUUCAGCAUUCGGCCCUGAUUCUGAGCUGGAGGGUUACGCCGGUAAUGAUACCGAUAAUAUUGUUACGGUUCGACCAUCAUACAAGACGAACCUUUCUUAUUCUCUUAGUUGUACCACCAGUGGUUUAUCUGCCUUCUGUGUACAUCGGACAUCGCAACACUCACCUAUUACAAUUCUUGAUAGUAAUGAUUCACACUUGAAGAAUACGGGUGGUUUUGGUGCUUCCAUGACGACAUCUACAAAUCCUUGUGGGACUUUGAAUAGCAGUCUAAACACUGUUCUGGCUGUUCCUCCUUCUCAAAGUUCUAUUGUUUCUACGACGACGACGACUAAUAAUAAUACUGCUGCUGCGGCUGCUGCUGCUCCUGCUGCUCUUGGAAUAACUCGUCUUGGAUCAACUCGUUUGACGUCAAACGUUGAUGCUAACCGACGAGUUGUGAGUAUUGACGCUGCUGAACGGCGUAAUGAUUUAUAUCAUUGUCCUAUUUCAUUCCGUAUGGUCAUGGAAGAAGAGAAGCAUCUACACUACACUGGUGUUGAACUCCCUCUCUCUGAACUCAAUACAGGUGACACCGCUGAACGAGCCCGGCGUCUACAGCAGCGUCAACGACAAGUGCAAUAUGGAAAAGAAACCGUUGGAUACAGUAAUUACACACACGCCGUCCCUUCCCGCGGGGAUCGUGAAUUCCGAAACCCAAUGCAUCCCGUCACUCCACGACCUGAGUACAACUGCAGUAAACGCACCUUUGACCGUUAUCUUAACAUAUGGCGGAGGCAACUGCAUCUUUGGGAUGACUAUGAUCCAAACAACGUGGCCCCGCAAUAUACACGAAUAGGAAUCCCUACAUUGAGUCGUCUUGGUCUGGAACCACCGCCAAGUACACCAGAUGGACAACAGAGUGCACUUCCAUCCUCUUUCACGCCCUUAGCUACACAUGGCGGUAGUGGAUCCGCCUGUACCCCAGUGAUGUCUCGUGGAGGAAGACGAGAUAUAUUUAUCUCAUCCGCUUCUCAUCAACGACAAGUGCCUUAUACAGCUGAAGGGAAUGGUGGUUUUGUGGCCGCAGCGGCAGCCGCAGCUGGAGCGACAACAGGUGUUGGUGUUUCUGGUGUUCCUCCUCCGCCGGCGAAUAAUAAUAUGGGGCACAUGCGACCAUCCAGUGGCUGUGGUGCUGGUGGUAGUUGGUCUAUUACGAAUACUCCACACACGCCUUUUCAUGGCAGUACACAUUCCACCAGCAGUCAUCCACCGCCUUUGGUGUCGGUAUUGGCACAACGGCCUAUUUCCUCUCCAUUCUGUGCGGAUUCACCCAAUCAGGGUUCCCCCAACCCCUACGGUGGACAUCGCAACAGUGUUAAUUGGUAUCAUUCCUCUGGACUGGGCGGCUCCACCUCCUCUGUGGCUGCAGCGGCCGCAGCGGCUAUUGGCGGUGGGGCCUCUUCCUGUCCAAGUGGACCAGGCAAUUUUAACGCGUGGGAGAAUGGAAUUUACGGGUGCAGCAGUAAUCACAGUGGAUAUACUUCGCAUGGGCACUACUCCCCAUCGGGUGGUCACCGGCAGACACCACACUCCACACCCAAUCACUAUCAACAACAACAACACUACUACUAUGGAGCUGCAGGGGCUAAUAUGCAAGGUGGUAAUUGUGGAAAUAUGAUAAACUCACCACCUCCCACGUGUGUAUAUCAAGAAACAUGGGGGAACUCGCAGAGACAGCAGUACUAA